CCCCCCCCCCCUAUCCGCCCCUCCUUGCGUGCCUGCUCACUUCGCUGCCUUAUCCGGCCCGCCGCCGCCGCCCCUUCCCUCCUUCCCCUGCUGCCCGGUGUUCGGCGCUGUUCCUGGUCCUCCGGCCUUUGGGUUGGACGUGCCCUUCAACAUGCCGGAGCUGAUUGAGUAUCGCCUCGGACGUCGCGACAAGGGCAUCCCCGUGGAAACCCGCAUCUCCCCGCUUUGCCAGCUGGAAAGCGACAUUCACAAUGCCCACUCCCUGCGCCUGGAUGGUACGUGGGUCGCCUGCCUCCUUUCUUCCCUGCCCUCGUCGAGACACCUCCUGCGGGGGGGGCGCUAACUUCCCCGGCGGCGUGCAUGCGGGUGUGGCCGGGCUUUCAUGGCGGGUCCAGUCCCGGCGUCUGGAUGGCCGCCGCAGAGCGUUCGCCUCCUGUCGGAAACCCUCAGCGAAGCGUCAAGCCUGCGGGUCUUCUCGCUGAAUGGCGCCCUUGGCCUGUCGACGGGAGAUUUGGCCUUCUUCUUCAUGAAUGUCCUCCAGUGCCGGUCUUUGCGCAUCCUCCAGCUAAGCGACAUACCGCUGGAUCAGCUAUCCCCGAAGCAGCUGGCCCAAGUGCUUGCCUUCACGCCGGAAAGUGCCGGGCUCGAGUCGAUUUCCUUCAUCAAUGCCCAUCUAUCCGGGGAGCACCUGAUCUCGGUGGUGCAUUUCCUUCGGUCCUGGCCACGGCUGCGUCGAAUCAACUUCCAUGGAAACAUCUUUGGACAUGAUCAGAUCCUGGCCCUGGUGGCCCUGCUCGAGAGCGCUCCCUCGAUCACCGAUGUCGAUCUAACCAACUGCCACCUCGAUGACCAUGCCGUUCGACUGCUGGCCAACUCGCUGGAUGACAACACCAGCAUCCGCCGGUUGGUUCUCUCCGCCAAUCCAAUUGGUGUGCGUGGAGCCGCACGCCUUUCGACGAUGCUUCGACGGAACUCCACCCUGGAGGCUUUGGACCUUUCCGGGAUACGUAUGGACCCCACUUCGAUGGAUGCCCUGGCGCAGGCCCUUGAUGUGAACUUGACCCUGCGGACGCUUCUGCUGCCGAUCGAUCCUUGAGCAUGCGGAGUGGAAGACAGGCGAGAACCGGACGCGGCCGGCGCGGUGGCCGUGCCUAGUGCUGGCGGCCACGCGACUCGGCCCUACCACGCCAGCCACGCGCGCAACCAUCAAAUAGCCGGAUGCCUGAUGUGCUCCCAAGACCGGGGGCUUAGCUCAGUGGUAGAGCACUCGACUCCAGAUCGAGCGGUCAGUGGUUCGAUCCCUCUAGUCCCCAUUUCUUUUUGCUCGCCCCCUCUCCGACAGCAACCCCCGGCAUCGGGCCGUGUGCGUGUCUGUCUUCUUCGCCCCCCCCUCCCCCCCCCGCCCUUUUGGUGUCCUGUGUCCGAAGCUGCCCCGCCCAUGCCAAGGGCCGGGCCGAGGGAGGAAUACACCGGAGUGGCCUUUUGCUACAACCCGGCCG